UUUGUUGUAAUUAACUGAAAAUAAUUCAGAGAUAAAAAAUACACGAUAUGAGAGACGGUGUUGAGCAUAAUAUCAAAUACGAAUAUAAAACUUUUGGUGAAACAUCUUCUGAACGAGAAGAAGAAAAGAAGUUCAUGAAAGAAAAAAUUUCAAGCAGACUGAAUCAACAAAAAUCAUCAAAACGGACCGAAGAGUAUUACAAGUCAUCAUCAGUUGAACUCAGAAUGCAAAGUCCCCGUGCACACCCAUCCAAGCAUCUUCAGUUACACUCCAUGAAAAAUCCUGCUAUUCCACAUUCGAUUGAUUCCCUGGUAAAUCGCAAUUCUCCCUUACAAAAUUGCAAAAUGUCUGGCUCCUCUUUACUGACACGAAAAGUCCACGAUGAAGAUGAAAGGCACGAAUACCGCGAAAAAGAUGCAGAAUCCAUAAUUCCUUACAAGAGAGUUAAAAGGGAAGUCGAUGAUUAUGAAAAAGUGAACGAAAAAUUGAUGCCUUCCGGCUUGUUUGAUUCUUAUAGCCGAUAUCACGGAAAGAAUGAUCUUACAUCAACAAAUGAUAAAAUUGUAACCGACCGAUCGAAUACAGCUUUACAAAAGCAUGACGACGUUAAACAGAUGUUGUCGUCUUCUAAUAUUUCGAGUCCAGACCACAGAACACAUUGUAAUGUUGGACGCACCGAAAGCAGCGAUAGUGGAGGAAAAUAUGACAUGUCUGACCCCUCCGCAGUUAGGCGCUAUAGAACAGCAUUCACCAGAGAACAAGUCGCUAGCUUGGAAAAAGAAUUCCUGCGAGAAAAUUACGUCUCCAGACCUCGCAGAUGCGAACUGGCUCAAGAGUUAGGUCUACCCGAAACAACGAUAAAGGUUUGGUUCCAAAAUCGUCGAAUGAAGGACAAGCGGCAAAGAAUGACGCACUCGUGGCCACUUGCUUUGAACCCUGUAUACGCAAUGUUAAUGUCACAGAUGUCUGUUAAUGCUCCGAAUCCUCUGUUUACAUUGCCACAUUAUUAUGCAGAUCACAGAUUCCCAGGACCACUCUCCUUUCAUCCUGCAUUGACUGGUAGCAUGGUUCCCCCGGUUGUCUCUUCAACGUCGCCAGAACAUAGUACAUUGUCAAGAACAUCUUCAUUAUCUCCUACUGAGGACACAGCUUACCCGAUUCGACCGCAAGCAUUGCUAGCAAAUGGGUAUUUAUCUCGUAAAGAUGCGGUUUCCAAAUUUCCCGAUGGGCAAGGAGUUUCUCCUACUAGUAGAUCGAACAAAUCGGAUACACGUGAAAACAUUUGCAUGGAUGAAGAAUUGAAAAUGGUAGAAAGAUCUCCAUUUAACCCACUGCGAACCGAAUUUGACGUGCCCAACAAGCUUUAUCAGAGAAGAGCCUCUCUUGUGGACAAUGCGCAGUCUCCUUACUUUUCGAUGCUGGCGGCACAAACAUUGGGUCACCAAAAGUCGCACGCAUACUGUACGCCGCAACUUAGUCCGUCUGCAUUUUAUCCACGUAUUGGAAUGUUCUCUAGUGAUGUCCAGGAAACCUAUAGACUUGCUUUUGGCCACGGAAUUUCUCUUUCUGCGCAGAACGCCGUUCCAUACCCGAGGGAAAUCUGUCCCGAUCUGUCUCGUGCCCCAAGCGCAUCGAACACACCGUCACCCGAUGACACAACCUCUAUGAUUACCAAUCGCACAAAGAGCGAUUUAUCUUACACGCGCAAUGCCCAUCAUGUAACUACAACUCCUCCGAUGAAGACAUAAUGUAUGUCUGAAAACCUAUUUAACUAUAAAUAUAUAUUCGAUGUAAUAACGUCACAUCACUGAAAGGCAUGGUGACUAUGCACGUCUAUGCACUGUAUCGGAAUGCGCUAAUCAUUUUGAUGUAUUGGUAGACAGUAUUUCAUAAAGAUGGAAAUAUCAAAUUGCACUCAUUUGAGUAAGUAAUAUUUUUAUUUCAAGUGUGGAUCUUUUGUAGAAAGCCUUCGCCAUCGCUAACGCGGUGAGCGCAGUCCGCAGUGCUUCAAAACUUGGCGGGGGUGUUGUUUUCGUCAAAUCACACAUUUUCGCAUUAGUAGGGGGAUUUCUACAAACGAUUCUUGAGUGUUUUCUGAUUUAUUUUCUGAUUUUAUCAUUUUAUCUGAUUUACGUGUAUAUCAGUUUUUAUUUUUUGACUUGUACCAGUGUAUUAUCUUCUUCGUCAUUCUGUAAUUUCCUAUUAACUGGAUUUUAAAAUGCUCUCUAUGUAGUACCAUUUAAUAAAGCAUUCUAAAGCGAUCCGAUAAAAAUGAAAUAUUGCUCACAAAUUUAAUCGUUGGUGGGCAAUUUAAAAGUUGAAUCUUCGUGGGCUCUGAUCUUCGCAUGGGCUUGCAGUAACUGAAGCAACAUCACUCAGUUAAAUUUGAUUUACCCAUUAGCGCAUGCAUAAUAAUGAGUGAAUAAAAACACAUUCUGUGACAGAAAACGAGAGAUUGGAAAAUGCGAGAAAGAGCCAAUUGAAUGAAUAAAUAAUGAUAAAUAAAUGUGGUUAAAACAUUUGCUAGGAGAAAUUUUUUAUUGCUGGGUUAAACCGUAAAUAUGGUUGAACAUAUUUUGCAACUGUAAAUGAAUUAAUUUUAAAUUGUAGAGUAAAGAUUUGUUACUG